AGUCACCUUCAGUUGUGUUCAGAGUUUUUCCUCCAAUGACGCACAGACUCACCUGAGAUGGAGUCAGCUAAGGCUUUGUGGAAUCAGCUGGGCUGGCCUCAUAUGCAUUACUUGUUUGCUCUACUUUGUCUUGUUACCAUUGCCUUUAAAGUUACAGUCUUGUACCUCCAAAGAAGAGAUAUGCGCCACAACUUCAAAGCUUUUCCAGGACCACCAGCACACUGGCUUUUUGGACAUGCUAAAGAGUUCAAAAAAGAUGGAAACGUUCUGGAUAGGAUUGUGGGAUGGGGAAGGCAGUACUCUUACACUGUCCCAGUGUGGAGUGGUCCCUUUGUUUGUUUCCUCAACAUUCAACAUCCAGAUUAUGUGAAGACUAUAUAUGCAACAACAGAGGCAAAAGAUGAAUUAGGAUAUAAGUUUAUUCAGUCUUGGAUUGGUAAAGGUUUAUUGGUUUCAAAGGGUGAAAGGUGGUUUCGGAACAGAAGGCUCUUGACCCCAGGUUUCCAUUAUGAUGUUUUGAAACCAUACACUAAACUGAUGGCAGACUCUGUUAAAACGAUGUUGGACAAAUGGGAAAGUUAUGCAAACACUGGCGAGUCCUUUGAAUUGUUCGAACAUGUGAGCCUUAUGUCACUGGACACCAUCUUAAAGUGUGCUUUCAGCUACAGCAGCAACUGUCAGACCAAGGGUGGAAGUAAUGCAUACAUCAAGGCAGUUUAUGAGCUCAGUUAUUUGAUUAACCUGCGGUUCAGGACAUUUCCAUACCACAAUGACCUGAUUUUCUACCUCAGCCCACAUGGUUUCAGAUACAGAAAAGCAUGUAGAGUGGCUCAUGAUCAUACAGAGGCGGUCAUAAGAAAGAGGAAAGAAGAACUAAAGGAGGAGAAGGAGCUGGAACACAUACAGGCCAAAAGAAACUUGGACUUUCUGGACAUCCUUCUCUUAGCAAGAGAUGAGAACCAGCAGGGUUUAUCAGAUGAAGACAUACGAGCAGAAGUGGACACCUUCAUGUUUGAGGGCCAUGACACCACAGCCAGUGGCAUGUCUUUCAUCCUCUACUGUCUGGCCUGCCACCCAGAACACCAGAAGAUGUGCAGGGAGGAGAUCAUUCAAGCCCUGGAUGGCAAGGACACCAUGGAGUGGAAGGAUCUCAGUAAAAUUCCAUACACCACAAUGUGCAUCAAAGAGUCCCUUCGCCUUUACCCUCCUGUACCGAUGAUAUCCAGAAAGACCACGAAACCCGUGACCUUUUAUGAUGAAAGGACUUUACCAAAAGGUUGUCACAUUGGAAUAAAUGUGUAUGCGAUUCACAGAAAUGAAACUGUCUGGGAAAACCCUGAUGUCUUUGACCCACUGCGUUUCCUACCAGAGAAUGCUUCCAAAAGGUCGCCUCAUGCAUUCAUUCCCUUCUCUGCUGGGCCAAGAAAUUGCAUCGGGCAGAACUUUGCCAUGAAUGUGCUGAAAGUGAUGACAGCCCUGACACUGAGGAGGUACCACCUGAUCGAGGACCCCACUCAGAAACCCAAGCUGAUUCACAAAAUUACACUCCACUCCUCCAAUGGCAUCCACAUCAAGAUCAAACCUGUAGACCCACAAGAGUGAGAGGAAAUUACAGUAGGAGAGGAUAUAAACCUAGAAAAUACAUUGAUCAGUCAGGGUAAUUUGUCAGGAGUUCACAUUUCUUCGUUUCUUAUAGGGCUCAAAAGGGUAAACGUAGCGGAGGUGGAAAAACUGCAAUGCAUUGUGGGCUUUGCGGGCAAUUGGAAAGUUGUUUAUGUUUCGCGAUGCUACGCUUGUGUUCUGUUGUUGUUUUAGCAUUUUAAAAGUAACUGUGUCGUUUGAAAAUGGUGCAGACUUGCUGUGUCAUUAACUGCCACAAUCGUUCUCACGAUCGCUACAGGAAGAAGAUCGAUGGGCUGAAAUAGAACUAGGGACAAAUCUAACACAGCUGUGCAGUCAGGACUUUUAAUCCCGUUUUUAAAAAAAGAAAACAAAACUACACAUCUUGAUGUCACUAAAAACAUUGUUUCUCAGUUGUCUCCACAGGAGUAAACUUGUCCUAAAUUGUGGUUAAGAAGUGAAAGUAAAAAAUAAAGAUAAACACCGUGUUGUGCCCACCCAUGUAUGACGAUGGAGAGUUAGAGAUUUAUGGUGUGAAAAUGCCCCUAAUUCUGGAAUAACCAAGAAGCCCAUACAUAUUUACCACAUAAAUGAAGAGUGGAAUUUAGGCUUCAAAAUAUUUUUUGUUUGAAAUAAAUUGGUCCAGCAGACACCAAGAUAUGUUAAGCAAGCAAACAGGCAGCACCACACGGAGGUGGGACACAGUGAGGCCUGUAAAGUUUACAUACCUCUGAAAUGACGACGGUCUUCUCUUUAAGGCGUAAAUUUCGGAGGUCCUGCACCCACCCAAAGUUUGCUUGCCCACGAGCCCUUAAAGAUUUGCCCAGUCCAUUUAAAUCUCUCGCUUCACGUCUCUCUCCCGGCGCAACGCAAUGUAAACAAAACAAUUUGCCCGUAAAAAUGGCGCUGGUUACACACAAUGCAUUGCGAAGUCACAUGCUCUUUUGAGCCCUAUAUUUCCAAUAAAACCCUUACAGUGUAAAAUCACAAGCACAUAAUUGUAGUACAGUAUUUCAUUUAGUGGCUGAGUAUGUUUUUGAUUAAAUUAGUUGCUGAAAAAGAAGUUGUAUAUGUAUUUUAGAGUCAUUUUCUCACACUGUAACAGUUUUUAAUGAGAUAUUUUAUAUGUGAAAAAGGAAUAGGAGGACAACUGCACAAAAUCAGGACCAAUCAGAACUUUGAUCUCAUCUGUGACGUGAUGUCUGCUGAACUCACCCUUCACUCUGAAUGGUAGCAAGUGUUUACACUGCAGGAGAAACAUGUUUUUAUUUUUGUUUUUAUUUCCUCAAAACCAAGAAAAACUGCAUUCAAAAGGAAAAACAUUGACACAUGGUGGGCAAAGUAUAAAAGUGCGUGUGGGGGUGGAAACUUAAAAAGUAACUAAACCCCCUAACCACUUUUUUUUCCAGUUGAAAAGCAAUGUAUAUGGGUAUUUAGUAGUGUUGUUGACUGAGUCAGGUCUAAAUCUUCACAUUUGAGUGUAAAGUAUUCUACAUAUUGUGUUAAAAUAUGCAUAGUGGCCGCCCUCUACAGGUUGAUACCUGGCUAUUGUAAUUGAAUUUUGCUAUGUGCUGUUCUGGUGCCAAGUGAGGUAUAUAUGGAGGCAGCUCUUGUCUGCAGAGGAAAAUAUGGCACAUUAAUUGCCUUCUGGACACCUAUUUCUGCACCUCUGGUCCUAAACAUACAGAGUAACACCACUUUACAUCAGAAAUUUGAUGUUAAAAACUGCAGCGCUAUGUUAAUCAUGACACAAGGUGGCUCACUGUUUUUCAAAUAAAAAACAUCUACAAAACUUA